ACGGAAAUGAGGACACUUGUCCUACACCAGCUUCUGACAUGUAAGUUGUGGCCCAAAGCGAUCGGAACGUCAUGCCGACGACCGUGACAAGUAAAGCCUGGCUACCUUCUUCAGGGCUUUCCAGCGCCUGUCCUAUUAUUCGCAUCCGUUUCGAUAAUCCAGACUUUCCUACGGUCGAGACAGCAUCGAGCGAUCCAUGUGCCUACCAUUUCUCAAUUCGCCUUCACUUCACCAAUUCGUGAUCAAAACCAAGCAUGGCUCGAGUCUUCACUUCAGCGGUACUGCUAACGGCUUCCAUCGUUUCUACUAGUGUCUCCACGGAUACUGCAAACUACUUCGUGACACCCGAGGCUCCAGACUACAAUAAUGAGGUCGUGUCCAAGCUCUUGGCCAAUGUGAAUUCAUUACGCAACACUGGCGAGGCGUACGCAGUGUUCGACUGGGACAACACGUGCAUGUUCGGAGACAUAUCGGCCACUUCGAUGUUCUACCAAGUGGACAACCUCAACUUCCGCUUCUCCCCGGACGAAUUCAAGUCAAUCUUUGCAUUGGGCUACAACGCCAGCAGCAGCGACUCCUGUUUUCCCAAUGGUACGGACUCAGUUAUUGGCCAAGACGUUAACGGUACGGAUGUGACACUAGUUGCAGCUCUCGCCGAUACAGUGAAAGACUAUAAAGUGCUGUAUGAUGCCUACAUUGCCCCCGCCUACAACUUGACCAAGGAUGUUGCAAGCACAACACUGAGCGAGAUAAAGGAGACCACUGCGUUCCUUAACUUCCGUGCUAAGCUCAGCUUCUUGCUGUACAGUCUGAUAGUAAUGGACGGCGGUAACGAGUACUCCGAGUGCUCUCUGACCAAUGCAAUGAUGGUUUAUCCGCGUCUGCUUGUUGGUAUGACUGAAGACGAGAUCAGGACGUCAAUCCGUGCCAGUCUUCGGUGGAACUUGGGCGAGUCGCUGGAAUCUUUCACGUACACUUCAACCAGCGGUUUAGCUGUUGAAGGUUCGUACUCUAAAGGUCUGCGCGUCUUCAGCGGCCAAGAGGCGACGAUGCGUGCGUUGCGUGAGGCUGGAGUCGAAGUUUACAUCAUCAGUGGGUCGCCUGAACUGUUCGCUGAGGAAGCUGCUGAUCUCCUUGGACUUGGCUACCUGGUGCCAAAGGGAAAUGUGUAUGGCGGUCGCUUCACGACUGAUACUACCGGUAAAUUCACUGGAGAGCUUCAGGAGGGUUACCCGACUACUUGGGGUCCUGGUAAGGCCACUGUGGUCAAGAGCAUUUUGAUGCAGAUCCACGGCGGUGCAGCCCCGAUCUACGCGUCUGGAGACUCGGACGGAGACUGUGAAAUGCUAAGCACUGUGCGUGACGGCAUCGUGGACACGAACAACCGCCUAAUGGACAACUCGACGUGCAUCUACAACUUCUACGAGAAGGCGUGUUUGUACUUCGGUACAACCGAACCAGUCACCAACAAUGCUUAUCUUCUGCAAGGUCAGGACAAAUCUAUCGGAACGUGGAUCACCUCUGGUUUCACCACUCAAGAUGGCGUCAUCUACUCGUCCGGAGUCACUACCAACGACGGGUGCGCAGCGUACAAGUUUCUCUAAGUCUAGUAAUGUUCAUACCUGCCACUAAAAUGUCCAAAGUUGAAGCUUCAACCUU